GAGGAAACUCAUGAACCCGACCGAAGCCACUCUAUUUGACUUCAUUUGCUACCUUCCCAUCUCUUCAUCAGCGAGCGAUUAGCUCGAGGGAGUCUCUGCCGGCGACGGAGAUGGCGGUCGAUUCAUCGUGGCUGGUACAAGCUUUGAUCCUCCUCCUCACGUUGGCUGCCUUCUACGGCCUCCGAUCCUUUCCGAAGAGACUCACCACCCGCCUCCUCCGCCCCUCUUACUCCGUCCAGGCCCGCCGCCACUUCAUCGCCGGGGCCCAGCUCCUCUCCCGCGCCGGGGAAGCCCGCAGAAAAGGAGAUGAUAGCGCCGAUGCCCUCGCCCGCUCGGCCUGCGACGAGGCCGAACGAGCCAUCGCCCUCGACCCCCGCGACGCCGCCCCCUACGUCCUCAGCGCCCUCGCCCUUGACCUCCUCGGCCUCCACCUUCCCGCCCUCCGAUCUCUCGACGCCGCCCUCUCCCCUCCGGCUUCCAGGUCUCUCGAACCCCGUGAGCGCGGCGACGCCCACUUCAAGCGCGCCGAGCUCCGCCUCGCCGUCGACCGCCGAAAACACCUCGAUCCGGCCCUCGCCGACCUCCUCGAGGCUGUGCGGCUCAACCCCGAGAACGCCAAAGCCUUCUGCCUCCUAGGCGAGUGCUACGUGGAAAAGGGUUUGCCGGAUGAGGCGAAAAGGGCUUACGAGACUGCGAUCGGGAUCGACGACUCACUUGUCGCUGCCGAUGAGGCUCUCCGGAAAAUGUCCGCCACAGAGGUUGGAUCUUGAUCGUCUCUGUUCCUCGAUUACCAAAAACUCCAUAUUUUCCCUGAUUUAUCAUUGUUGGUUUCCAUCAGUACUCAGCCUUCACAACAUCUUUACUCUGUUCCUCUCUAUCCUUAGUAGCAUAAUCUGCAAACCCUAACUCUAAAAAAUCAAGAAACAAUGCAAGCGCCUUGUAUCUUGGUAUAUAUUUUCAGCUUCUCGAUGAUAAAAAUUAUGUGCCUUUUUUGUU